AUGACAAUACGAGCAGCACUCAUCGUGAACAACCACGGUAAACCCCGUCUGACCAAGUUCUACACCCAACUGCCCGCCUCCCGCCAACAAGCGCUGAUCAAAGAGAUCUUCCGCCUAGUCUCCAAGCGGCCCGAUGGCGUGUGCAACUUUCUCGACGCAACCGAGCUCACUGCGCUCCUCCCGCCUCCCGCCGACGCCGUCCGCUUCACCUCCCCGCUCAGUCGAAAGCACGGCGAAAAGGACCCCGUCGCGUCAACCUCGUCGCUGCACGAGCAGGACCAGCUGCGCGUCAUCUACCGCCACUACGCCACGCUGUACUUUGUCUUUGUUGUCGACUCGAGCGAGUCCGAGCUGGGCAUCCUCGACCUGAUUCAGGUGUUCGUCGAGAGCUUGGAUCGGUGUUUCGAAAACGUGUGCGAGUUGGACUUGAUUUUCCACUUUGACGAAGUGCACGCAAUCCUGAACGAGGUCAUUCAGGGCGGACUGGUGGUCGAGACGAACAUCAACGAAAUCGUGACGGCGGCUCAGGCGACAUCGAGAGCGCGCAAGGCGAGCGUUGCUCAAGCGGGCGGUGUCGCAGCGGGAGCAGGAGCGGGCCUGGCCAGCUUGAACCCAGCCUCGUUGAAUCUGUCCCUUCCGGGCACAGCCGGCAGCUCAAUACCCUGGCCAAGAGGCACGUUCAUGGUCGAUGCCAUUUCAAACCUCGGCAAUCAGUAUCUCGGUCGCUCUACCGGUCGUCGGUAA